GAUCUGCUGUCGCGCAAGAAACGCUACAGGGAAGCAGGAGGAGGCGUUCCUCCAUCUCCAUCUUCAUCGGUGUCCUGGUGGAGCCCCUGCGCCAGCCUCCUGCCCAAAAUCCUGCGCAAAUCCUCCACAAGCUCUCUUCUCCAUAAGCCCGGCGACACUCUUUUCAUACGUCGUUUCUCUGCGAGGACAUUUCGCCUUUUCGUUUCUCGCCCCUGCCGUUUUGUACAAUAAUCGGCCCCCCUUGACGCUGCUGCUUCCUGGUGAUCCAGCUUCGAAACGUCGUUCCCAGCAGUGUCCAGUGUACAGGUACAUUGAGCCCUUGCGAAGCAUCUUCUACAACGAGUUAUGAAUGUUUCAUAGCGCUACAGAUCACGGCGACUUUUUCUGCAUCGUUGUCGCACACAUCCAAGACGGGGGACAUGCUCUCUUGCUCCUAGCGUCCAGCGCCCAAGACUCUCGCUUGUCCAAACAUAAAUAGACGAGCUGCGUCGCGAUCAGGUUCAAAAUGGUCGACACAUUGCACCCACCUCCUUCGGUCAUCGCUUCUUGGCCCAAACCGAACUAUGUCAAUCCCGACACCAGAGGGCCGGGCCUGGUGUACAUGUGUAUCAUAUUCGCCGCCAUUGGCAUCAUCACAUGCACGGCCCGAGUGUACUCGCGACUGUUCAUCACCAAGGCGCCGGGCUUGGACGAUCUCCUGGUGGUCGUCGCCCUGGGGUUUCUGACGGCCUUGACUGUGCUGGUCAUCAUCGGCAAUAAAGACUACUACAACGGCCGGCACGUGUGGGACAUCCCGCCCGACAGCUUCGUCGGCGGGCGUGCCAACAUCUGGGCCAGCCUGUGGUGUUAUGUGAUCGGGAUCACCUUGAUCAAGAUCUCGGUGCUGUUGUUCUACCGCCGCCUGAGCGUCAAGUUCAGCCGGGCCUUCCUGAUCGCGACCUGGGUCGGCAUCAUUUACAACAUCUUGUACUUUCUCUCCUUCGGCCUGACGCUGCUGCUGCUCUGCAACCCCCUCCACGCGUAUUGGGACAGCUUCAACCCGGUCUGGGCCGCGACGCACCACUUCCACUGCGGCUCCGAGAGUGCGGCGCUCCCCGCGUCCUCGGCGUUCAGUGUGGCUGGGGACUUCUACAGCACCCUGCUGCCACUGAUCUUGGUGUACUAUCUCGAACUGCCUCGUCGCCAGAAGAUCGCGUUGUACGCCCUAUUUGCGCUGGGGUUCAUGGCAGUCGCCGCCGGGCUGGUCCGGACGGUCCUGAUGUACAACCUGUUGAACGUCGACUACGACUUCACGUGGGAACUGUGGCUGACCUGGAUCUGGGCGGUCCUGGAGCUGUACCUGGCGCUCUUCGCAGCCAGCGCCCCGAGCUUGAAGCCGUUCUUCCGACACUUCUUUGUGGAGUCGAUCAACAGCUUCGCGCGGGGCUCUAGAAGACGCGCGGAAUACGGCAACAACAAUAGCAGCCAACGGGCCGGGGCAGAGCCAAUGUCGGGAAAGGGCUCAGGAGGAGGGACAGGCACAUUCGCCACGGGGGGAACCAAGGGCGACGUCAGCGUAGACCUCUCAGCCGACAUCGAAAGGGGCCGAGGAGGCCACUGGGAAGAACCCGCCGACGAAAGGAUGGAGUCCCGGCAGAGCUGGUUCCUGGCGGACAACGACGAGACCGGGACGAAGCAUUUCGAGCUGCGCGCCAGCCAGGACGGGAAGAAGAUGAUCCCCAUGCGCGUGUACAAGCGCGGGGACUACCACGACUACAACUACAACAACCACUACACCGUCCCCGAGGGGACUCCUUCAGACCCCUUCGCCGACGUCGAGGACCGCGUCCACCGCUCGAACUCGGCGGCGACGGCGCUGCCGCAGCGGCCAGACUGGCCAUUGGCCCUGCCCACAAUGGGGACCGAACCGCACCAUGAACCGCGCGAGUUCCUGGCCAAUCCCCGGCUUUCUACGUACAAAGAAAAGAUAUAAAACAUAAAACAUAGUCAAUAGAAACUCGUCAAACCAGA